AUGGGCAACGAGGCCAGCUUGGAAGGGGAAGGGCUCCCGGAAGGGCUGGCGGCGGCGGCGGCGGCGGCAGCAGCCGGAGGAGGGGCUGGCGGGGCGGGGAGCUCCUUGCACACCGUGAUCCCGGCCGGCAUGGAGGCGGAUCUGAGCCAGCUGAGCGAAGAGGAGAAGAGACAGAUCGCCGCUGUCAUGUCAAGGGCGCAGGGGCUGCCCAAGGGAAGCGUUCCCCCGGCCGCUGCGGAGCCGCCUUCCAUGCACAGGAAGCAAGAGUUGGAGAGUAGUCAUCCUCCAAAGCAACCCGGAAAACCGCCGGACCCUGGGCGUUCAGCUCAGCCUGGUCUCAGUAAAAGUAGAACUACAGACACUUUGAAGUCAGAGCAGAAGUCGCCUGGAAGGAGUCCUUCCACUAUUAGCUUGAAAGAAUCAAAGUCCAGAACUGACUUAAAGGAAGAGCACAAGUCUAGUAUGAUGCCUGGCUUCCUCUCAGAGGUUAACCCUUUAAGUGCUGUCUCCUCUGUUGUAAAUAAAUUCAAUCCUUUUGAUUUGAUAUCAGACUCUGAUGCAUCCCAGGAAGAAACUGCCAAGAAACAAAAAAUAGCUCAGAAAGAACAAGGCAAACCUGAAGGAAUCGCAAAGCCUCCAUCACAACAGUCACCUAAGCCGGGUCCAAAGCAGCAGGGACCUGUGAGGGUCCCACCACAGCAGGAUGGCUCUCCCAAAUCAGGAUCUUCUCAGCAACCAGAAAAGAUGAAAUCACAACCUCCAGGGACAGGCAAGCCAAUUCAGGGGCUUACCCAGGCACCUCAGAUAGACCAGGCACCGUUGCCACUUCAGAGAGAUGCAGCCAGGCCUCAGACUAAACAGUCCGACACUGUAAGGGGAGAAUCAGUUAAACCCUCAGUGCAAAGCCCAACCAAACCACCUAUUCAGCAAGCAAGUCCUGGAAAACCUCCAGCCCAGCAACCUGCACCUGAAAAAGUUGCCACACCACACCCUGGGCCUGCAAAGCCCUCAGCUCAGCAACCAGGGCCAACAAAGGCCUUAGCUCAACAGCCAGGGACAGCAAAGCCCCCAGUCCAGCCACCAGGGACAACAAAGCCUGCUGCUCAGCAGCCUGGGCCCAAGUCUUCAGCUCAGCCUCUUGGGCCUGCGAAGCCUCAAGCUCAACAGGCUGGGUCAGAGAAACUUCCAUCUCAGCAGCCAGGGCCAGCAAAGCCCCCAACCCAGCAGCCAGGGACAGCAAAAUCCCAAGCUCACCAACCUGGGCCACAGCCCCCAGUUCAGCCACCUGGGCCUGCAAAAACUCCUUCUCAGCAGGCUGGGCCAAUGAAAUCUCUGGCUCAGCAGCCUGGGCCAGGAAAAACUCCAGCUCAACCACCUGGCCCAGCAAAACCCCCUCCUCAGCAGCCUGGCCCAGCAAAACCCCCUCCUCAGCAGCCUGGCCCAGCAAAACCCCCUCCUCAGCAGCCUGGCCCUGCAAAGCCCCCAACUCAACAGCCUGGCCUGGCCAAGCCCCCUCCUCAACAGCCUGGCUCUGCAAAGCCUUCACCUCAGCAGCCUGGUUCAGCAAAACCCACUCCUCAACAGCCUGGCCCCGCAAAGCCUUCAGCUCAGCAAUUUCCAAAACCAGUAAGCCAAACAGGAGCUGGGAAACCUCUGCAUCCAUCGACUUCUCUAUCUGCAGCACAGACUCCAGUACAAGGCCUCCCUAAAACCAUCUGUCCUCUUUGCAAUACCACUGAACUUCUGUUGCAUGUUCCAGAAAAGGCCAAUUUUAACACAUGCACUGAGUGUCAAACCACUGUAUGUAGCCUCUGUGGUUUUAAUCCCAAUCCUCAUUUAACCGAGAUAAAAGAGUGGCUCUGUUUAAACUGUCAGAUGAAAAGAGCUCUGGGAGGUGAUCUGGCUCCAGUCCCAUCAUUCCCUCAGCCCAAACCGAAGACUGCCCCUGUUACUCCUGCAUCUGCAGUGAGCAAACCAUCCCCACAGCCACAGCCGACUUCUCCAAAGAAGGAUACUGUACCCAAACAGGCUAUCUCAAAGGCCCCCGAGUCUAGGAAGGCCCCACCACUAGUGAAACAACCAACCAUUCACGGAUCUCCCCCACUGGCAGCCGGGCAGCCUCCUGUGGCCGAGUCCUCCUCCAAGCCUGCCCCUCCCAAAGAGCCUUCGGUCCUGUCUGAGCAGGCCAAGGUCCCCAUGGCUGAGGAUAAACCAAAGCCGCCCAAGAUGGUGAAACCAGCCACAGACAUUGUGUCUUCAUCGUCGAUAGCAGCAAAACCUGAUAUUCCAAGCUCCAAAGUACAGUCAGAGGAUCAAGAGAGAAUAGCCCCUCCUCUAAAAACAGACGCUGCCAAACCCUCACAGAGUUUUCCACCAACAGGAGAACAAGUCACCCCCAUCGAUUCUAAAGUCAUACCCCGACCUGCAUCGGAUUCAAAAAUUAUUUCACAUCCUGGGCCUAGUUCAGAGAGCAAAGGUCAAAAGCAGGUUGAUCCAGUUCAAAAGAGGGAAGAACCCAAGAAAGCACAAACCAAAAUGAGUCCUAAGCCAGAUGCCAAGCCGAUGCCAAAGGGGUCACCUCCGCCCCCAGGCCCACGACCUACCACUGGCCAAACUGCCCCCACAUCUCAGCAGCCCCCAAAGCCUCAGGAGCAGUCAAGACGCUUCAGUCUGAAUCUGGGAAGUAUUACUGAUGCCCCCAAAUCACAGCCCACGACGCCUCAAGAAACUGUGACUGGAAAACUCUUUGGGUUUGGAGCAUCAAUCUUCAGCCAGGCAUCAAAUUUAAUCUCCACAGCAGGCCAGCCUGGGUCUCAGUCUCAGAGUGGGCCUGGGGCCCCAACAAAACAAGGCCCUCCUCCUCCACAGCCACCUCCUCAGGGGCCACCCAAAUCCACAGGUCAGGUGCCACCAGCACCUGCAAAGGUUAUCCCUGUGAAAAAAGAAACAAAAGCUCCAGUGGCUGAAAAAUUAGAGCCCAAAGCUGAAGAAGUUCCAACCAUAAAAAGAACAGAAACAGAAAAGAAGCCUCUGCUUGUUAAGGAUAGCAAAGCUUCCGCAGCGGAGCCUCAGAAGGCUGUCCUUCCCCCCAAGUUGGAGAAAACCCCCAAACCAGAAUCGACCUGUCCGCUCUGCAAAACUGAACUCAACGUAGGUUCUCAGGAUCCUCCUAACUUCAAUACUUGCACUGAAUGCAAGAAUCAAGUGUGUAAUCUCUGUGGAUUUAACCCUACACCGCACUUGACUGAGAUUCAAGAAUGGCUUUGUUUAAAUUGCCAAACUCAGAGAGCAAUAUCAGGACAGCUUGGAGAUAUGGGCAAAAUGCCACCUACACCUUCAGGACUCAAAGCCUCUCCUAUGCCUGUCCCUCCAGAACAACCAUCUCAGAAAACAGAAAUGCCUACCCAAGUAAAAAUGAAAAAGAAGGAACAAGAAGUAAAAACAGAAGCUGAGCAAGUCAUUCCAGAAAAAGUGAAAGAAAUACCAUCAGUUGAAAAGAUUGUCCCAAAGGUGACCACAGAUCACAAACAGGAGAGUCAACUAGAGGAAGACAAAACUUCAGCCCCUCAAGAAAAAAAGCCACCCCCUGAAGACAAAAAGCCGCUCUCAGAAGAAAAAAAGCCACCUCUUGAAGAAAAAAAACCAACUUCUGAAGACAAAAAGCCAGCCCCUGAAGACAAAAAGUUACCUCCAGCAACAAAACCAUCAGCUCUAGAGGAGGAACAGAAACAAGACUUACUUAAAACUCAAGUACCAACCACUGACAAAAAGCCGGAAGGCAGAGUGGCUCCACAGGUGGUACAGGAUAAGCAACCACAGACCAAGAUGGAGGAUGAACCCUCUGGCCUGCCUCCAAGUUUGCCCAAGGAAGAUGAUGAGGCGACUCAAAAAAGGAAAGGACAGCAACAAGCAGCACGCACAGCAAAGCCUGAACCUGGGAGAGAAAAAACAGAAAAGGAAGAUGACAAAUCAGACACCUCAAGUUCUCAACAACCAAAAAGCCCACAAGGUCUGAGUGACACAGGAUAUUCUUCUGAUGGGAUAUCAAGUUCACUUGGUGAAAUUCCAAGUCUUAUUCCAAGUGAUGAAAAAGAUUUGCUCAAGGGACUCAAAAAGGACUCUUUUUCACAAGAAAGCAGCCCUUCCAGUCCCUCAGAUUUGGCUAAGUUAGAAAGUACUGUCCUAUCCAUUUUGGAAGCUCAGGCAAGUACACUUGUUGAAGAAAAGGCAGAAAAGAAAACCCAACCUCAUGAGGUCUCUUCUGAACUGCCCAAGGACCAACCGAAAACUCAGAGUUUAUCUGAAACCCUAGAAACUACAAUUGCAGAAGAGGAGCUCACAAAGAGUCAAGAAGAAAAGGACACUUUAAAAAAAGAUAGCCAACAAGAUGUUCCUUCCAGAAAGGACCAUGAGGAAAGGUCUGAGUUUGUUGAUGACACAGCUACCAGAAGACAGCCUUAUGAUUCAGUUGAAGACAGUAGUGAAAGUGAGAACUCACCUGUUCCACAAAGAAAACGGAGAACUAGUGUCGGUUCAUCAAGCAGUGAUGAGUAUAAACAAGAAGAUAGUCAAGGAUCCGGUGAAGAGGAGGACUUUAUUCGAAAACAAAUCAUAGAAAUGAGUGCUGAUGAAGAUGCUUCAGGUUCUGAAGAUGAUGAGUUCAUUAGGAGCCAGCUCAAAGAGAUUAGUAGUAGUAUUGAGAGCCAGAAGAAGGAAGAAACAAAAGGGAAAGGGAAAGCGACAGCAGGGAAACACAGGCGACUAACUCGGAAAAGCAGUGCAAGCUUUGAUGACGAUGCAGGGAGACGCCAUUCGUGGCAUGACGAAGAUGAUGAGACAUUUGAUGAAAGUCCUGAGCUUAAGUACAGAGAGACUAAAAGUCAGGAGAGUGAAGAACUUAUAAUUGCUGGAGGAGGGGGGCUACGUCGAUUCAAAACAAUUGAACUCAACAGCACGAUAGCAGAUAAAUAUUCUGCAGAGUCCUCACAGAAAAAAACAGCUCUGUAUUUUGAUGAGGAGCCAGAAUUAGAAAUGGAAAGCCUGACAGACUCUCCAGAAGAUAGGUCAAGGGGGGAAGGAUCUUCUAGUCUUCAUGCUUCCAGCUUCACUCCCGGCACAUCCCCUACAUCAGUAUCAUCACUUGAUGAGGACAGUGACAGUAGCCCGAGUCACAAAAAAGGAGAGAGCAAGCAGCAGCGUAAAGCUCGGCACAGGUCACAUGGUCCUCUUUUACCUACUAUUGAAGAUUCUUCAGAGGAAGAAGAAUUGAGAGAGGAAGAAGAAUUAUUAAAGGAGCAAGAAAAGCAGCGGGAAUUGGAGCAGCAACAAAGAAAGACUUCUAGUAAGAAAUCAAAGAAAGACAAAGAUGAACUUCGAGCUCAGAGAAGGAGGGAAAGACCAAAGACACCACCAAGUAAUCUCUCUCCCAUUGAAGAUGCAUCUCCAACGGAAGAAUUACGUCAGGCUGCAGAAAUGGAGGAGCUCCAUCGAUCUUCUUGUUCUGAAUACUCACCUAGCAUAGAGUCAGACCCAGAAGGUUUUGAAAUAAGCCCAGAAAAAAUAAUAGAAGUGCAAAAAGUUUAUAAAUUGCCCACAGCUGUGUCUUUGUACUCACCAACAGAUGAGCAGUCUAUUGUGCAGAAAGAAGGUGGCCAAAAGGCAUUAAAAAGUGCUGAGGAGAUGUAUGAAGAAAUGAUUCAUAAAACCCACAAAUAUAAAGCUUUUCCAGCUGCAACUGAACAAGAUGAAAUGUUUGAAAAAGAGCCUUUGUAUGGUGGGAUGUUAAUAGAGGAUUAUAUUUAUGAAUCUCUAGUAGAGGACACAUACACUGGUUCGGUAGAUGGCAGUCUGCUAACAAGGCAAGAAGAUGAAAAUGGUUUUAUGCAGCAGAGAGGGAAAGAGCAAAAAGUAAGAAUUCCAGAACAGAUUUAUGAAGACCCUAUGCAAAAAAUAACAGACCUCCAGAAAGAGUUUUAUGAGUUAGAAAGCUUACAUUCUGUUGUGCCUCAAGAAGACAUCGUUUCAAGCUCUUAUAUCAUCCCAGAAAGCCAUGAGAUAGUGGAUCUGGGUAGUAUGGUAACUUCUACCAGUGAAGAAAAAAAAUUAUUAGAUGCCGAUGCUGCCUAUGAAGAACUCAUGAAGAAGCAGCAGAUGCAGUUAACACCUGGAUCCAGUCCAACCCAGCCCCCCAUUGGGCUUGAUAUGACAGAGUCUACCGUGGAAUUUGACAGGGUGCCUGAUGCAUCUUUGACAUCGAGUGUUCUCUCAGGAGCAUCUCUUACAGAUUCGACCAGCAGUACAACGCUCUCUAUCCCCGAUGUCAAAAUAACCCAACAUUUUUCAACAGAAGAAAUUGAGGAUGAAUAUGUAACUGAUUAUACGAGGGAAAUUCAAGAAAUAAUUGCCCACGAGUCACUGAUUUUGACCUACUCUGAGCCUUCAGAAAGCGCUACAUCUGUCCCACCCUCUGACACACCCUCUCUCACGUCAUCUGUUUCUUCAGUUUGUACCACAGAUAGCUCCUCACCCGUUACUACCUUGGAUAGCAUAACCACAGUUUAUACGGAGCCAGUGGACAUAGUAACUAAGUUUGAAGAUUCUGAGGAGAUUUCUUCAUCAAUGUAUUUUCCAGGCAGUGUUAUAGACUAUCCAGAAGAAAUAAGCAUCUCUUUCGAUCGGACUGCCAUACCAGAUGGAAGAACCAGUGCUGAACCUAUUGUGAUUUCCUUAUCUGAUAUGGAACCUCCUAGCAUGGAAUCUGUAGGAGCUAAACCCGAGGGGCUCAUUGCCGACACCAUUUCCACUGACUCAUUUUCAUCUGAAAAAGACCCAAUGAAGAAAGCCAAGAGGGACACAGGGAAUGGAAUUAUCCUCGAGGUUUUGGAAGCUUACAGAGAUAAAAGGGAAAAGUCUGAGGUUGAACUAACAAAAACGGGCUUCUCUGAAAUUGUGUUUGAUCACCUUCCUUCUUCUGCUAUUGCCAUGGAGGAGCGGGUUCCAGCAACAUGCUUUCUGUCUGGACGGGUCUUUGAUCAAGCAAAACCUGCAUCUCAGUUACCAUCUGGCCAUCCUUCUGUUACCCCUCUACCAACUAAAACUCGUCCAUUCUUUAGAAGUUCUUCUUUGGAUGCAUCACCUCCUCCACCUCUUCCUCCACCAACCUCACCUAAACCACCUGUUCAUCCCCCAAAAAAGUUAACAGUUACAGCUCCAGUGGCUCUAACUCCUACAGCUACACCUCUAGUUGAUGCUGUUACUACAGUAGAGGCCACAGCUAUUCCAAGAAGUAGUGGGUUACCUGUAACAAAAAUAUGUACCACUGCACCUCCUCCUGUUCCUCCUAAACCAUCUUCCAUCCCAUCUGGACUUGUAUUUACACACAGACCUGAGCCAAGUAAACCUCCAAUUGCCCCUAAACCAGCAGUUCCUCAGCUUCCAGUAACUCCACAAAAAUCAGCAGAUACACACCCCAAACCGACAGGUCUAUCUUUAACUUCAAGUAUGACACUAAAUUUAGUGACUUCAGCAGAUUAUAAAUUACCUUCCCCUACUUCCCCACUUUCCCCUCACUCUAACAAGUCCUCCCCAAGAUUUUCCAAAUCCCUCAUGGAAACCUACGUGGUUAUCACAUUGCCAUCUGAACCUGGGACUCCAACAGAUUCUUCAGCUAGUCAAGCAAUUACCAGUUGGCCCCUGGGAUCACCCCCCAAAGACCUGAUUUCCAUCGAUCCAGUGUUUUCUAUAGUUUCUCCUUUAACAACUGCAGGAAUGCCAAGUUCUUCAGAACAGAGCUUGUACAUCUCUGGAGCUCUGGAGACACUUUCUGCUGUCCCUGUCACAACACUGUCUUCAUUUCAGGCAGCCCCAACCUCAGUGACACAGUUUUUUACAACUGAAGUUUCUAAGGCUGAGGUCUCAGCAGCCAGAAGUGCAAUCCCUGGUGUUGGGCUCAGCAGUGUCUCGAUCUCAAUUCCUCCAGAGCCUCUUGCUCUAGAUAACCUACAUUUAGAGAAGCGUCAGCAUAAGGAAAACGGAAAGGUGCAGCUUGUUGGGGAUGUCAUUGAUUUGCGUACAGUACCAAAAGUAGAAGUUAAAGCAACUGAAAAGUGUAUGGAUCUUUCUGCUUCCACCAUGGAUAUGAAAAGGCAGACCACCGCAAGUGACAUUUAUGGCAGACAGAUUAGUGCUGUCCAGCCCUCCAUUAUAAAUCUCAGUGCUACUCCAUCAGUUAUAAGGCCAAUGUCCCUGGUCACUGAGACAGUGACUCUUGUCACGUGUACAGCUAGUUCAGGUUACACCACGGGCACAGAAAGCCUAGUGGGCGCAGCACAAGCAACAACAGCACCACUCCAGCUUACUACAUCAAAGCAUGCUGAGCCCCCAUACAGGAUACCAAGUGGCCAGGCCUUCCCUGCAGUUAGGGAGGACGCACCAAUAAACUUAUCCUUAGGUCCUUCGGCACACCCAGUGACAUCGGCUAUUACAAAACCUGUUACUGUGCCUCCUGUUGGUGUCACGAAUGGAUGGACUGAUAGCAUGACAUCCCAGGGGAUCACUGACGGGGAAGUAGUAGACCUCAGUACAACAAAGUCUCACAGAACUGUUGUAACAAUGGAUGAAUCCACUUCAGGUGUGGUGACCAAAAUAAUAGAAGAUGAUGAAAAGCCUGUUGAUCUGACUGCAGGAAGAAGAGCUGUAUGCUGUGAUAUGGUUUAUAAGUUACCCUUUGGAAGGAGCUGCACAGCCCAGCAGCCUGCAACUACUCUUCCUGAGGAUCGUUUUGGUUAUAGGGAUGACCACUAUCAAUACGAUCGAUCAGGGCCCUAUGGUUAUAGAGGGAUUGGGGGAAUGAAACCUUCCAUGUCUGACACUAAUUUGGCAGAAGCUGGACAUUUUUUCUAUAAAAGUAAAAAUGCUUUUGAUUAUUCUGGAGGAACUGAUGCAGCAGUAGAUCUAACUUCAGGGAGAAUUACUACAGGUGAGGUAAUGGAUUAUUCAAGCAAGACUACAGGUCCAUAUCCAGAAACACGACAAGUCAUUUCAGAAGUUGGGAUUAGUACCCCACAGUAUUCCACAGCAAGAAUGACUCCACCUCCAGGAUCCCAGUAUGGUGUGGGGAGCGUUUUGAGGUCAUCUAAUGGUGUUGUCUAUUCUUCAGUAGCAACUCCAAUUCCCUCCACAUUUGCAAUCACCACACAGCCUGGCUCCAUUUUCAGCACCACGGUGAGGGAUUUGUCAGGUGUGCACACAGCUGACGCAGUGACUUCAUUAUCUGCCCUGCACCAGAGCCAGCCAAUGCCUCGAUCGUAUUUCCUAACAACAGGUGCAUCUGAAACAGACAUGGCAGCAACUGGUAUUGAUAUCAAUGCCAGUUUGCAAACUCUUACAAUGGAACCUCUUACUGCUGAGACAAUAGACUCAGUUCCCACUUUAACCACAGCAUCUGAAGUGUUUCCUGAAGUGGUGGGAGAUGAAAGUGCUAUUUUAAUUGUCCCUGAAGAAGAUAAACAACAGCAGCAGCUCGACUUGGAGCGUGAGCUCUUGGAACUGGAGAAAAUUAAGCAGCAGCGUUUUGCUGAGGAACUGGAGUGGGAACGUCAGGAAAUUCAAAGAUUCCGGGAACAAGAAAAGAUCAUGGUUCAAAAAAAGCUGGAGGAGCUACAGUCUAUGAAGCAGCACCUUCUCUAUCAGCAAGAAGAGGAGCGGCAAGCCCAGUUCAUGAUGAGGCAAGAGACAUUAGCUCAGCAACAGUUACAGCUGGAGCAGAUCCAGCAGCUGCAGCAACAGCUUCACCAGCAGCUAGAAGAGCAAAAGAUUCGCCAGAUCUACCAGUAUAACUAUGACCCUUCUGGAACUGCUUCUCCACAGACCACGACGGAGCAGGCAAUUUUGGAGGGUCAGUACGCUGCCCCAGAAGGCAGUCAGUUUUGGGCAACAGAGGAUGCAACCACCACCGCCUCUGCUGUUGUGGCGAUUGAAAUACCACAGAGCCAAGGGUGGUACACGGUUCAGUCUGAUGGUGUUACUCAGUACAUCGCCCCACCUGGCAUCCUGAGUACUGUUUCAGAAAUACCUCUGACAGACGUGGUGGUAAAAGAUGAGAAACCACCCAAAAAGAGAAGCUCUGCAGCUAAAGGCCGUGGACAAUAUGACGAGGUGGGGGAAUCCGACGAUCCCCGGUGCUUUAAAAAGAUUGUGGACAGCGGCGUACAAACGGAUGACGAGGAUGCAGCCGAUCGGAGUUAUGUGAGUCGGAGGAGGAGAACCAAGAAGAGUGUUGAUACGAGCGUCCAAACCGAUGAUGAAGAUCAGGACGAAUGGGAUAUGCCUACUAGAGCAAGGAGAAAAGCUCGAGUCGGCAAGUACGGUGACAGCACUACGGAGGCUGACAAGACCAAACCCCUUUCCAAAGUCUCCAGUAUCGCAGUUCAAACAGUAGCAGAGAUAUCUGUGCAGACUGAACCAGUGGGAACCAUAAGAACACCAUCAGUACGGGCGCGCAUGGAUGCCAAGGUAGAAAUAAUUAAACACAUUUCAGCACCUGAAAAGACUUACAAAGGGGGCAGUUUAGGAUGUCAAACAGAAGCAGAAUCAGACACACAGAGUCCUCCAUACCUGAGUGCCACAUCUCCACCCAAAGACAAGAAACGCCCAACACCUUUAGAGAUUGGUUACUCAUCUCACCUUCGGGCAGAUUCCACAUUACAGCUGGCUCCUUCCCCACCCAAAUCUCCAAAAGUCCUUUAUUCACCCAUCUCACCACUUUCACCAGGCAAAGCCUUAGAAUCAGCCUUUGUUCCUUAUGAGAAACCCCUCCCUGAUGAUAUAAGUCCGCAGAAAGUACUGCAUCCAGAUAUGGCUAAAGUGCCCCCUGCGAGUCCUAAGACAGCCAAGAUGAUGCAGCGGUCCAUGUCUGACCCCAAGCCUCUGAGUCCAACAGCAGAUGAAAGUUCCAGGGCUCCUUUUCAGUAUACCGAGGGCUACACGACAAAAGGUUCUCAAACCAUGACACCCUCUGGCACCCAGAAAAAAGUUAAGAGAACUCUGCCAAACCCACCCCCUGAGGAGACUUCCACAGGCACUCAGUCAACAUACAGCACAAUGGGCACAGUUUCCAGGAGGAGGAUCUGCAGAACCAACACAAUGGCACGAGCCAAGAUUCUCCAGGAUAUAGACAGAGAACUUGAUCUUGUAGAGAGGGAAUCUGCAAAGCUGAGAAAGAAACAAGCAGAACUUGAUGAGGAAGAAAAGGAGAUUGAUGCCAAGUUACGGUACCUGGAAAUGGGAAUUAACAGGAGGAAGGAGGCAUUAUUAAAAGAGAGAGAAAAGAGAGAGCGAGCCUACCUCCAGGGAGUAGCUGAGGAUCGGGAUUACAUGUCUGAUAGUGAGGUGAGCAGCACCCGACCAACUCGAAUAGAAAGUCAGCAUGGCAUAGAGCGACCGAGAACUGCUCCCCAAACUGAAUUCAGCCAGUUUAUACCACCGCAAACCCAAACAGAAUCUCAACUAGUUCCUCCUACAAGUCCUUAUACACAAUACCAAUAUUCUUCCCCAGCUCUUCCUACCCAAGCACCUACCCCAUACACCCAACAGUCCCAUUUUCAGCAACAGACUUUGUACCAUCAGCAAGUUUCACCUUAUCAGACUCAACCAACAUUUCAGGCUGUCGCAACAAUGUCCUUCACGCCUCAAGCUCAACCUACACCAACCCCACAACCUUCUUACCAGUUACCAUCACAGAUGAUGGUGAUACAACAAAAGCCACGGCAAACUACAUUAUAUUUGGAGCCCAAGAUAACUUCAAACUAUGAGGUGAUUCGCAACCAACCCCUGAUGAUAGCACCUGUUUCUACUGAUAAUACAUAUGCUGUUUCUCAUCUUGGGAGUAAGUACAAUAGCUUAGACUUGAGAAUAGGAUUGGAGGAAAGAAGUAGCAUGGCAAGCAGUCCAAUAUCAAGCAUAUCUGCAGAUUCUUUCUAUGCGGAUAUUGACCAUCAUACUCCACGAAAUUAUGUCCUAAUUGAUGACAUUGGAGAGAUUACCAAAGGAACAGCAGCACUAAGCACUGCGUUUAGCCUUCAUGAAAAGGAUCUGUCAAAAACAGAUCGUCUCCUUCGAUCCACUGAAACACGUAGGUCUCAAGAAGUGACAGAUUUCCUAGCACCCUUACAGACUUCCUCCCGAUUGCAUAGUUAUGUGAAAGCAGAGGAAGAUCCCAUGGAAGAUCCAUAUGAGUUAAAGCUUCUGAAACAUCAGAUUAAACAAGAAUUCCGUAGAGGGGCAGAGAGCUUAGAUCACCUUGCUGGUCUUUCCCAUUAUUACCAUGCUGAUGUGGGCUAUAGACAUUUUCCAAAAUCGGAAAAGUACAGCAUUAGUAGACUCACACUUGAAAAACAAGCAGCAAAACAACUACCAGCUGCCAUACUUUAUCAAAAACAAUCAAAACAUAAGAAGUCACUAAUUGAUCCUAAAAUGUCAAAAUUUUCACCCAUUCAAGAAAGUAGAGAUCUUGAACCUGAUUAUUCAAGCUAUAUGACUUCUAGCACUUCUUCUCUUGGUGGCAUUUCUUCCAGAGCAAGGCUGCUUCAAGAUGACAUCACUUUUGGCCUCAGAAAAAAUAUUACAGACCAACAGAAAUUUAUGGGGUCAUCUCUUAGCACAGGGCUGGGCACAUUAGGAAAUACCCUCAGGUCGGCUUUGCAGGAUGAAGCAGAUAAGCCAUACAGUAGUGGCAGCAGGUCCAGACCUUCUUCCAGACCUUCUUCUGUCUAUGGCCUUGACUUAUCAAUUAAAAGAGAUUCUUCCAGCUCUUCCCUAAGACUGAAAGCUCAAGAGGCUGAAGCUCUAGAUGUUUCCUUUAGUCAUGCAUCACCUUCUAGCAGAACUAAGCCGACCAGCUUACCAAUUAGCCAGAGUAGAGGAAGAAUACCAAUUGUGGCCCAAAAUUCUGAAGAAGAAAGUCCACUCAGUCCCGUUGGCCAGCCAAUGGGAAUGGCCAGGGCUGCAGCUGGACCUCUUCCACCAAUAUCUGCAGACACCAGGGAUCAGUUUGGAUCAAGUCACUCAUUGCCUGAAGUUCAGCAACACAUGAGAGAAGAAUCACGAACUCGAGGCUAUGACCGUGACAUAGCGUUCAUCAUGGAUGACUUCCAACAUGCCAUGUCAGACAGUGAAGCCUAUCAUCUGCGUCGUGAAGAAACAGAUUGGUUUGACAAACCCAGGGAGUCUCGUUUGGAAAACGGACAUGGUCUGGAUCGCAAACUGCCAGAAAGAUUGGUCCACUCUAGACCAGUUAGUCAACAUCAAGAGCAAAUUAUACAGAUGAACGGGAAGACUAUGCACUACAUCUUUCCUCAUGCAAGGAUAAAAAUAACAAGAGACUCGAAGGAUCACACAGUUUCAGGUAAUGGAUUAGGAAUUAGAAUUGUGGGUGGUAAAGAAAUCCCUGGACAUAAUGGAGAAAUUGGAGCCUAUAUUGCCAAAAUUCUUCCUGGAGGAAGUGCAGAACAGACAGGGAAACUUAUAGAAGGGAUGCAAGUAUUGGAAUGGAAUGGAAUUCCUUUAACUUCUAAGACGUAUGAAGAAGUGCAGAGUAUCAUUAGUCAGCAAAGUGGGGAAGCAGAAAUAUGUGUAAGACUGGACCUCAAUAUGCUGUCAGACUCUGAAAAUCCCCAGCACCUGGAACUUCACGAGCCACCAAAAGCCGUGGAUAAGGCGAAAUCCCCAGGGGUUGACCCUAAGCAGUUGGCAGCAGAGCUCCAGAAGGUUUCCCUGCAACAGUCUCCACUGGUUGUGUCGUCUGUUGUGGAGAAAGGAUCUCACGUUCAUUCAGGUCCUACAUCAGCGGGAUCCAGUUCCGUUCCCAGCCCCGGGCAACCAGGGUCCCCCUCCGUGAGCAAAAAGAAACACAGCAGCAGCAAGCCUACUGAUGCAACAAAGGUUGUCUCUCAUCCGAUUACGGGGGAAAUUCAGCUUCAAAUCAACUAUGAUCUUGGAAAUCUCAUAAUCCAUAUUCUCCAAGCAAGAAACCUUGUCCCUCGAGACAACAAUGGUUACUCAGACCCCUUUGUGAAAGUGUACCUUCUUCCUGGGAGAGGUCAAGUCAUGGUUGUCCAGAAUGCAAGUGCUGAGUACAAGAGGAGGACUAAAUAUGUUCAAAAAAGUCUUAAUCCUGAGUGGAAUCAAACAGUAAUUUAUAAAAGUAUCUCCAUGGAACAGCUCAAGAAGAAAACACUGGAGGUGACAGUCUGGGAUUACGAUAGAUUUUCUUCCAAUGACUUUCUUGGUGAGGUACUGAUUGAUUUAUCUAGCACAUCUCAUCUCGAUAACACUCCAAGAUGGUAUUCUCUCAAAGAACAGACUGAAAGCAUUGAUCAUGGCAAGGCUCAUUCCAGCCAGGGCAGCCAACAGUCUCCAAAACCAUCUGUCAUCAAAAGCAGAAGCCAUGGUAUCUUCCCUGACCCAUCCAAGGACAUGCAGGUUCCCACCAUUGAGAAAUCCCACAGUAGUCCUGGUAGCUCGAAAUCCUCCUCCGAAGGCCACCUGCGCUCUCAUGGACCGUCGCGCAGUCAGAGCAAAACCAGCGUCACCCAGAGCCACCUGGAAGAUGCAGGGGCUGCCAUAGCCGCUGCCGAAGCCGCAGUGCAGCAGCUCCGCCUGCAACCAACAAAGCCUACCAAUCACCGGCCUGCAGAAAGCUCCGUGUCCACCGGCUCCUCCGGCAGCGGGUAUAGCGUGGACAGUGAAGGAAGCGGCAACACUGCAGGGGAGACCAAUCUAUUUCCUAUUCCACGGAUAGGGAAGAUGGGGCAGAAUGGGCAAGAACCUGUAAAACAGCCAGGAGUAGGAGUGGGAGUUGCAGACCCGGAAGUCAAAACUCAGGUAAUGGGUGAAAUCAAGAUUGCACUGAAGAAGGAAAUGAAGACAGAUGGUGAACAACUAAUAGUUGAGAUUCUCCAGUGCAGAAAUAUCACCUACAAAUUUAAAUCUCCCGAUCACUUACCAGAUUUAUAUGUAAAAAUAUAUGUGAUGAACAUCUCUACCCAGAAAAAGGUGAUCAAGAAAAAAACGAGAGUAUGCCGACAUGAUAGAGAGCCUUCAUUCAAUGAAACUUUUAGAUUCAGCCUCAGUCCUGCUGGACAUUCUCUUCAGAUUUUACUUUUCUCUAAUGGAGGGAAGUUUAUGAAAAAGACCUUGAUUGGCGAAGCCUGUAUCUGGCUUGACAAAGUGGAUCUCAGAAAAAGAAUAGUCAACUGGCACAAACUUUUGGUCAGUCCUACACAAACCCAUUGA